AUGUUUAAAAAAAGCAAGAAGCAAUCAGCAUCAACAUGUAGAUUAUGAAAAUCUUGAUAUCGACCUUGUUGAAUUUCUAAAAAAUUCAAUGUUAGAAAACAAAUAUCAAUUAUUUUGGAUUCCACCUGAAGAACUAAAAUACAUACGUUUACAAAAAACUGUUAGAUACGCUUAUUGGAAAAAGACGCACAGUGAUGUCGUUUGUAAAGAAUUAGUAAAUCUUAAAGAUAUAAACGGCGGAUACUACGAUGCAUUUAUUCAUGAAUUAAACAUGCAUGCUAGGUCAGAUCUUUGUGAAAAUAUCGUUCGAUUUCUGGGAGUCAGUAAAGAUGCUAUCAAUGAUCAAUAUUUCCUUAUAAUGGAAUAUGCAAAUGAUGGGAAUUUACGGAGCUUUCUUAAAAAAAAUAACCACUUGUUGAAUUGGUAUCAAAGAUUAGAGUUAGCCUACCAAAUUACAAAAGGAUUAUGCUAUUUACAUAGUGAAGAAAUUAUUCACAGAGACUUG